AUGGGGAAGGUGGCAGUGUCAGCGGCGGUCAUAGGCGGUGCGGCGGUGAGUGCGGCGGUCGUGCUGAUCAUGCGCCACCGCAUGCGGAGCUCUAGCAAGUGGGCCCGGGUUGUGGCUAUUCUGAAGGAAUUUGAGGAGAAGUGUGGGACCCCUACUUCGAAGCUGAUGCAAGUGGCCGAUGCAAUGACGGUGGAAAUGCACGCCGGUCUCGCCUCCGAAGGUGGCAGCAAGCUCAAGAUGCUCAUCAGCUACGUUGACAACCUUCCCACGGGUGACGAGGAAGGAGUGUUUUAUGCAUUGGACCUUGGUGGAACAAACUUCCGAGUGUUACGGGUACAAUUGGGAGGGAAGGAUGGUGGUAUAGUUGAUCAAGAAUUUUCUGAGGUGUCAAUUCCUCCUCAUUUGAUGGUUGGGACUUCAGAUGCACUUUUUGACUAUAUUGCAGCAGAACUUGCAAAAUUUGUUGCCCAAGAAGGUCAAAAAUUUCAUCUUCCUCCUGGUAGGCAAAGGGAACUUGGUUUCACCUUCUCUUUCCCUGUGAUGCAAACAUCAAUUUCUUCCGGGACUCUAAUUAGAUGGACAAAAGGAUUCUCCAUUGAUGACACGGUUGGUCAAGAUGUGGUAGCAGAACUGGCAGAAGCUAUGGAAAGACAAGGCGUUGAUAUGCAAGUGUCAGCUUUGGUCAAUGAUACAAUUGGAACACUAGCUGGAGGCAGGUACUCAAACAAAGAUGUUCUUAUUGCUGUGAUUAUGGGUACUGGAACAAAUGCAGCAUAUGUGGAACGUGCUCAAGCAAUACCAAAAUGGCAUGGUCCUCCACCUAAAUCCGGAGAGAUGGUUAUCAACAUGGAGUGGGGUAAUUUCAGGUCAUCACAUCUUCCCUUGACAGAGUAUGAUCAUGCAUUGGAUGCUGAAAGUUUAAACCCCAGUGAACAGAUAUUUGAAAAGUUAACGUCUGGUAUGUAUUUGGGAGAGAUUGUUCGCAAAGUUCUAUGCAAGUUGGCCGAAGAAGCUGCCUUGUUUGGUGACAUUGUUCCACCAAAACUAAGGACUUCCUUCAUAUUGAGGACGCCUGACAUGUCAGCAAUGCAUCAUGACACUUCAUCUGAUCUUAGAGUGGUGGGGAAAAAAUUAAAGGACAUCUUAGAGAUAUCAAAUACCUCCUUAAAAACGAGGAGAGUAGUGGUUGAGCUAUGCAACAUUGUCGCCACACGUGGGGCCAGACUUGCUGCUGCUGGGAUCUUGGGUGUCCUGAAGAAAAUGGGUAGAGAUACUCUCAGGGAUGGGGAGACACAGAAGACGGUGAUAGCUAUGGAUGGUGGAUUGUAUGAGCACUACACUGAAUACCGCAAGUGCUUGGAGAACACUCUAAACGAACUACUUGGAGAGGAAGUCUCACAAAGCAUCGUUUUUGAGCACUCCAAUGAUGGUUCGGGCAUUGGGGCUGCUCUUCUUGCUGCCUCUCACUCCAAAUACCUUGAAGUCCUAGAGUCCUGA